AAUAGGGCACAGGAGCUACAGAGAGUGGCAUGCGCCCAUAUGCCUCCUGGGCCUGCAGGCUCGUUUAUUGGAGGCAGAAGCGGUUGCAGCAGUGGUCUCCGGCCGUCGUGUCCAGGGCAGCAUCAGUGUCAGCGCGCCCUUCGCCUUUCCGCGAGUCCCAGGAGCAAAUCAGCCUCAGUGAGCGGCAGGAGGCGUUCUUGCUUGAGCGCCUUCCCCGUGGCUGGGCGGAGGACCAAAUCCGGGAUGCUCUUGGCAGCUGCGGAAAGGAUCUCGGAGCAGAUUGGCGAGAGAAGAUCCUGCUAAUGCGGUCGCAGCUGGGCACUUCAGCAGGGCGAGCCCUGAUUGCACACCCGAAUGAUGUAUCAAACGUCUUGCAGGACUCAGCGCAAAGCGAGAUGCAAAGCAGGUCAAAUCGUUUGAUGCAGGAGCUUCCUGCCGGCACAGUGUACCGCCCAAUGGACAAAUCGGACGUGGAGGCUUUCGUGGAGCAGUGUGAGCGCUUCAUGAAUCUGAGCAAGGAUUUGAGGCGAAUCGCCGCACCACAGAACUUCUUGAAGAUCUUGACGAUCACCGAGGUUCCACCCAACUAUGGGCGCAAGGACAUUGCCUAUGUUAUCAAGGAACGCUGCAAUGUUGUGGUUCAACCGCAAGACAUUGUUUUCCGCUUCAAGCGGUGGGGACGCCAAGGUGAUACUUGCUAUGUCGUUUGCCCUUCAGUGGAGGCAGUGGACCACUGCGUGCAAGAGAUUCAGGAGUUGGCUGUUCCUAAGCGGGCUGCCCAUGGCUCGCUCUUUGGUGCGGCAUUCUUGUGGUCGAGUCGGGCAACACUGUUCGUGUCCGAUCCUGACUUAGACUUCUUGCUGCACGGAAGCAAGACCUGGGUCUGCACAACUGGGUGGCAGGAGGACAUGACACUUGAAGAAUUUCUUCAGGUAAUGAAUCAGCUUGAGUUCUACCCGGUCAAAGCCCAUCGACAUCACAUAGCUGCUGAUGGAUCCAGUGCGUUCUUCAUGAAGUUUGAUCAGAUGGAGGGCUUUGUUGGAGCAAAACGAGCUAUGACCAGACUCAGACGGCUCAAGUGGCGGUGGCGAAUCAAGCAGACUGUCCCAUUCUUUGCUUAUGCACGGCGCGUGGAUGUCCACCGUGCAUGUGAGGAUCGACAUGAGGAUGAGCUUAGUGAGGGCGACUCAGACAUUGACGAGCCUAUACACUAUUGAUGC